CCCCGGGCGCCGGAAUCCGGCGCGGCCGAGCGGGGAAGGGCGCCGCGCCCACCGCAGCCUACAGCCUGCCCGGGACCUCGGGGCGCCCAUGACGGCGGCGGCGACGGUGCUCAAGGAGGGCGUGCUGGAGAAGCGCAGCGGCGGGCUGCUGCAGCUGUGGAAGCGGAAGCGCUGUGUGCUCACCGAGCGCGGGCUGCAGCUCUUCGAGGCCAAGGGCACGGGCGGCCGGCCCAAGGAGCUCAGCUUCGCCCGCAUCAAGGCCGUGGAAUGCGUGGAGAGCACCGGGCGCCACAUCUACUUCACGCUGGUGACCGAGGGCGGCGGCGAGAUCGACUUCCGCUGCCCCCUCGAGGAUCCUGGCUGGAACGCCCAGAUCACCCUGGGCCUGGUCAAGUUCAAGAACCAGCAGGCCAUCCAGACAGUGCGGGCCAGGCAGAGCCUCGGGGCUGGGACCCUUGUGUCCUAAACCGCCCCCGCCCCCGGCUUACCAUCUUACCCUCACGCUGCGCACCCUCCCCACCACGUGGGUCCCAGAUGUCAAGUCAGCUCUCCUGCCCCUUUUGGCUCAUGGGGCAUGACUCUGCUCCCUGCGUCAAGGCAGAAGCCGUGGUCAUGUGGAGGAGGCGUUGGAGCUGAAGGAAUGGACAGGGCCCAGGGAGGAGGGCAGAAGGCCACGUGGGGCUGAGGAUGAAGAUUCAGCCCCUGGACACUCUGAGACUCUCAGGACAUUCCCACCUCAGGGCUUUGUAGCCACAGGCCUGACUUGUAUCUCACGAUGGAGCGCGGGCAUCAAAGCAUCCUCUGCCCAGCGGCCCUGUCAUCCGUCCUGCAGACUGCUGGUAGUCCCCAGCUUGGUGUCAUGCCUGGAGGAGGACAUUUCCCCGUGGGGUGCCCAGCCAGCGCCUCAGGACUCAGAAGGCCAGCCUGGUACCCAGAGGGGGAACCACCCUGGCAUCACCUCUGGACUCACCUUGGUGGGAGGGAGCUGACCGGCCCCGAGGCCCACGCGUGGGGGUCUCCUGCUGCUUAGGUCCUUCUGGGACCCCCACCCAUCCAGGCCUUCUCUUUGCACACUUCUUCCCCCACCUCCUGCCCAUCUUCCCCCCACUGUGGUGCUAGGCCUGGAGGUGGUGGGGGUGGGGUGGGGGUUUGACCAUUACCAUUUCAUGCCUAUCCCAAAAUGAAGAUGCCCUACAAAGGGCAGUGACCA